AUGGCCUCCGACCUGGACUUCUCACCUCCUGAGGUGCCUGAGCCCACGUUCCUGGAGAACCUGCUUCGGUAUGGACUCUUCCUGGGGGCCAUCUUCCAGCUCAUCUGUGUGCUGGCCAUCAUCAUACCUGUUCCCAAGUCCCACGAGGCGGACACAGAGCCGUCUGAGCCCAGAAGCGGGGAAGUGAGGAAGCCCAAGGCUGCUGCUCCUUCCACAAACAAGAGGCCCAAGAAGGAGGCCAAGAAGAAGCGUUAGAAGAUGAGCUGUGGAGCUGGGUGGGAGGGAUGAGACCUUGAAGGCCGCCCUCUGGGGACUCAGUGUCCUGUUCCCGCACUCCGCCCAGGCUCAGAGAUCUGGACCAUCAUGACAGUCCCAGGUCCCAGCUGGGCAGACCACCACUUCCUCUUCCUUCUGUUCUUGGUGGUUUAGAGUCAAGAAGACUGAAAUACCCUGUGAGCAGAGACUGUCUGAGAAGUCUGUUCACAAGUCCGGUCAGAUUAUAUUUUCUACUUAAUCAUAGAUCUGGCCUUUAGUUACCCACCUUGUGGAUUUACACUACGUUUCAGAGCCAUUAUCUAAUGCUGACACACACUGCCCUCUCCCAUCAUUUGUGCACCGCAGACCUGCUGAUCAGUCAGUCACCUUUGUCUCCUCCGCUUGUGAGGUGGAGCAAGGCCUCACCUGCUCUGUUUAGGUCAAGACACCAUGGCCAUGGCCAGAGUGCUAUGGCCAGGUCUGAAAACUGCCGGGUGUGAGCGCCAGCAGAAAACCCGGGUCAGGGCAAUGCCUGGUUCUCUCCUUGCAGAUGGAAGAGGUUUGGGUGAAUGAGUGUGUGUUUCUUGGGCCCAACUUUCUGAGUCUCUGAAAUGGGGGCCUGUCACUCUUGGACCAAAGUCUUUUCAUCCCUCAUAACACAUUCAAGGUGAGCCUUUUGGCUUCCACUUCUACAAUAUCCCAUGUCUCUUCCCUAGCCCCCAAUUCUUCCAUUCCCUGACCAGUGUGGGAAAGUCUUUGGGGAAGUGAAUGUGAAUAAACUGGCCUGCAUGCUGAA